CCUCAAAGCUUAUAUCAUAACCCUCAACUGUAUCCUCAAAUGUUUCCCUGGCUAUUUCCAUAUGGCUUGGGAGGCCUAAACAAUGAUCGUGGAUCAAAACGGGUGUCCAAGUCCAAAAGAAAGCAACAGUUGCUUAUGUAUCAUGAUAAGUGUUUUCAAUUGAAACUUUAUUUUCCUCUCGUCACCUUUAACCAUGAACAGAUUAAAAAUGCGACCACUGCCAGGUUUUUGCUCAUCAAAAAACAAAAUUUUCAUGAGAUUGUGAACAGAAUCGUCAACUUGCCUUUGGCCACUCUGUAA